AAAAAACCGCAGCUUAGCUGUCCAUGCAAAUAUCGCACGUCGUGCUAUCCCUCGCCGCGAUGUGUCUCCCUCCGAAGCCCCCGGUAGUAGCUGCAGCGCCACGCACGCUCAAACGCGACGUGCCGCUGGUCAAGACGCAGAUCGGCACGAUGGAGGUGACCGAGGUGUGCGCCGGCACGAUGACCUGGGGCUCGUUCGUCGAGAAGGAAGAGUCGGCGCACAAAGAGCUCGACACCUUCCUGGCUGCCGGCGUCAAUUUCCUGGACACGGCGGAAAUCUACCCCGUCGCAUUCAAUUACGGCAAAACCACCGAAACGUGGAUCGGCAACUGGCUCACGGCGAGGAUUGCAGAUGGCUCGAUCAAGCGCGAGGACUUCUACAUCGCCACGAAGUGCAAUCCUGCUGGCAAGGGGUCACCCGACGGCGAGCCCCACGACUUCAGCGCCGCGAAACUCGAGGCGUCCGCAAGGGCGUCCAUCGAGCGCCUCCAGAGCGACUACAUCGACCUGUAUUACCUGCACUUUCCCUCACGCAAGGGCUUCGACGUGUUUGGGUGGGGCUCGUACGGCUCGCCGGAGCGCUACAAGGCGAAGACGAGUGAUGGAUCCAUGGCGGAUUUCGAGAGACAGGUGAAAAACGUGAAGCAUUUGCUGGAUCUAGGACUCAUCAAGAAUUGGGGAUUGUCCAAUGAAAAUGCCUAUGGUGUCACGAUGUUCUGCAUCGCCGCGGACAAGUUGGGAGUACCGCGGCCGUGCUGUAUCCAGAACGACAUGAGCUUGAACGAGCGGUCCUUUGAAGGGGACGUCGCCGAGGCGUGCCACCACUUCGGCGUCGUCGGUUUGCCAUAUGGCGUGUUGUCGGGCGGCACGCUCACGGGCAAGUACAUCACGGGCGAGGCCACGCCGCGGUCGCGCCAGAACCUCUCGCCGGAGUUCCAGCCGCGCUACAACGGCCCGCUCGCCGUCGAGGCGACGAAGGCGUACGCGAAGCUCGCCGAGGCGUGGGGGCUGACGCCGACGGAGCUAGCCAUCGCGUGGGCGAGAGACGUAGCGAGGCGGUGUCCUUUUCAACGUCGCGUCGAUGGCGUGCCGGUUUCUUACUGAUUCUUUCCGCGCAGCGCUGGUACAAUGCGGGCGUCAUCACGGGGACGACGUCGCCCAAGCAGGUCGAGGAGUGCCUGGCGGCCUUCCGGCUCGAGACGCUGCCGACUGAAUUGUGUGAGGCGAUCGACGCGAUCCACGAGCAGUACCGCUCGCCGACGACGACGCUCGUUAACAAGGCCCUGCUGCUCGCGGCGCCGUGGGUCGAGAAAGUCGACGAGUGCGCGACGGUCGCGUAGGACGGCAGGAGGCGACUCACUCGCCCCGCCGCUUGUUUAUAAUUGGAUGAUGAAUUUUAAAGUUAAAGACAAGAC